CGAAGCGGAACGCCACAAAAAAGGUUCACGCGCGAUGAGCGAGUUCGGCCCGAACGUGAGCCGUCUUCAGACGAGCGUGCAGGGGCUGCAAGAGGAGGCAGAGACCUACCAGCGGGCGGCCGGCGAGCUGCAGCAGCGACGCGACACGCUCCAGCGGCAGGUGGACGACGCCGACCAGGAUCUGGUGCAGCGUCGCGCCGCCAUCACCCAAUUUCAGUUUAAACUGAAGAGUCAGGGCUUGCUGGUGGAGGACUGCGAGAGACGCGCUAAAGAGGCGGAGCAGGAGAACGACUCGGUGCGGGCCGAGCUCACCAAGAUCAGGGAGGCCAUCGCAGCCGAGAAGCGGAACCGACUGGAGCGCCUGGACAGCAUAGACGGCCGCGUACAGAGCCUCGUGCGGCAGUUUCGGGACGCGGCCGCGCUGACCCACGAUGACCCUGGUCGUCAGGAUGACCAAACGGAGUCGGCGCGUCGCCGGGUCGGGGAGCUGCGCCAGACGGUGGACCAGCUGGCUUCACAGUUGGAAGCCGACCAGCAGAGCCAUGUGGUGCAGCCCGAGGUCAAAACUGCCACGCUGAUCGAAGCCCAGGAAGUUGUAGAUGGCCUCAAAGAACAGCUGGGUCUGUAGUGACUGACCACCCACCCCUCG